GCUUAGAUCUUGCUAAUCUUCCUGAAAAAUAUAAAGAGCGUAUGCUCGAAAGGAGGAGGACUCAUGGAACUCGUAGGACAACUUUUAGAAAUUUUAAAAUAACCUUACCCCCUAAAGUUGAAGAUUCAACACCGAUAACUAAAAUUUCAAAUAAAUGGGAUCUUACACAUGCAUCUAUAAAUUCACCUAUAAGUCCUUCAGGUUCAACAAUGGAUAUUGAUACUCUUAAUGUUGGUAAAAUUGUUGAAAUCGUGUCUUCAAAUAAAUAUAUUGAUGACAACGACGAGCAUAUAGAUAUAUCACAGGUUCCAAAUAAUCAUUUACCUACUAGUCCUUCACUUACUAGUACUUCAGGCUCGAUGGAUAUUGAUACUCUUGAUGUUGGUAAAAUUGUUGAAGUUAAUUCUUCAAAUAUAUAUGUUAAUGGCGACGAUAAUGAUGAUGACCAUGGGCAAUUAGAGGUAGCACCAACAACUAAUAUAGGUAAAACCAUCGAAAUUGUGUCUUCAGAGAAUGACGACGAUGAAGAGCGAAUAGAUUCAACACCAAGAAAUUAUACUGAUAAACCCGUCGAAAUUGUGUCUUCAGAGAACGAUGAAAAUGGCGACGAGAAUGAUUACGAUGACGACGAUGAACAAAUAGAUGCAACACCUGUCAUAAUUGUGUCUUCGAAGAGAAAAUAUGAUGACAAUAAUGAGCAAAUAGAUAUAACAUUAACAACAAAUAAUCGUGAUCUUGUGCAAGGUGAAAUUGGUGACGCUAUCAAUGAUAUCAUCAAAGAAUUUUUGAUCGAGCUGGGUAAUAAAUCAUUUAAGAAAGAAAUUCAACACUUAAAUAAAGAAAUCGAAUUACAUUUGCUUGAGCAGCUGCAAUCAUCUUUAAGGAAAUCCAAAUUGCGAAUUAAUCAUUUGAGAAAAGAAUUAUUGGAUAUUCAGCGUGAACGUGAUAGCGUUUGUAAAGAAUUGGCUAAUGAAAGAAGAACUUUUGCAAAGGAAGAACAAGACAGAAAGACAUUACGUGAGGCUGCUGAUGCUGAAGAAAAUAUGCAAGAUGAAGAAGAAAUAUUGGAUGGCUUUAAGGGCUUGUUAGUAUCCGUUACAUCUCGUUGUAGUGAUAUUUCACUUUCAUCAUCCAAUGCUUCAGCUCAGAAAGAUUUAACAAAAGGAAAAGUUUCAUUAGAAAAGGCUUCUGGAAGUUUGGGUAUAUUAUGUCGGUUCAAUAUGUUGCUUGAA